AGAAAACACAUGGGCUGAAAGAUUAACAGUGCAUGUUAGGAUCUUGGCAGCAACCUUCUCUCUACUCCUCAACCACAAAAACAUCUUCAGAAAUGGAUACAGCCUGGGUGUACCUGGUGACAGGACGAUGUGGUUUUAUUGGGGAGAAGAUCGCAGAGCUGUUGUCUCAACAAGACUACAUCAAAGAAGUCAGAGUUUUUGAUUCAGCAGCAAGAGAAGUAGAAGAAAAAUUCACCACAGCUACCACUCAUGUGACAGUGAUGAAAGGAGACAUUUGAGACUACAAUCUGCUCCUUGCUGCCAUGCAGGGAGUUCACGUGGUUAUUCACACAGCUGCUAUUGUGGACUACAGAAACAGUGUGCCCUUUUGGGAAAUGAGAGCUGGCAGCGUUGGGGGUACUGAAAAUGUGUCAAGGGCCUGCUGUGUCCUGAACAUCCCAUAUGUUGUUUACACAAGCUCCAUGGCUGCAGUGGGACCCAAUACAUCGCAUAAGCCCAUGUUCAGAGGAAAUGAGGACACCAAAUACAGCGGGGAAGUGGAGCUGCCUUAUGGGAAGACAAAGGCCAUGGCAGAAAAACUUGUAUUUGAAGCCAAUGGAAAAAAGCUGAGCAACAGUGGCAAACUCACAACCUGCAUCAUCCGUGCAAACACAGUGUAUGGGGAGAAAGCAACAUUUCUUCAAGAGUUGUAUUCUCUUGCCAGAGCCAGGAAUGGUGUGUUGAAAUACCUGGAGCCUGAAAACACAGAGUGUAAUUAGACAUACAUGGGGAACAUUGCACGGAUGCAUGUUCUUGCAGCAAGGAACUUGCAGCUGAAACCCGACUUACUCGCAGGACAAGUGUAUUAUUCCUACGAUGACACUCCAACAAGAAAAGCUUUUCUGAUCAGGCAUCAGCUGUUGUCCUCUAUGGACCCCUCAGGGAGACUAGGCUCACACAUCCCUUACUGGAAGAUGUGGUUAGUGAUACAAUUGCACAGGAUAACCAAGGUCAUCUAGUACCCUUUCUGGAAGCCACAGCCUUUCCUAAACUUGCCUUUACUGAACAUGAUAGUCACCAUCUUCUCCUACAAGACAGACAAAGCCUCCAGGCACUUUGGGUACAAACCUCUCUCCACCUGGAAAGAGAGCAAGCACAGAUCUGCACGGUGGUUGAAAGCAGCUGCAGGGAACCUGGAACCCCCCCAACUUCAUGAAAAGAAGAACUAAGCAGCACGUCUGGGGCAAGGAGAGACCUUAUCACACCAGUUAUGUGCACACAGAUGCAGGGCUUGCUGGCCUCACUCAUUCCCACAAUGCCACCACUGCGCGGGGAUCACUUGUGAGAACGAGAGAGACAGGUUCAGAUGAGAGAUUGCGCACAGAAAACACCUUUUUGAUAAAAUUAGUUAACCAGUUUUGUUCCACAGCCUGACAAGCCUCCAUCUCUUUCCAUACUCAGCAAAUGGACCUCUCCCUUGCCAUGGCCUUGGGCAGCUGGUGGGAUGGCUGUACGUGGCUCAUACACUCAAAGGGUCUUCAGUGAUAAUUUUGGGGAAGACAAGGAAAUCCCAGCAAGUUCUUGCUCUGUUUUAGGGUUUAAUAAAAGAAAAAAAAAAUUCCCUUUUCCAGAGCUACCUUUUUCAAGAUGCUUUCUGUUAUUUUUAACAUGUGGAAUAUUAUAUCUGUUUUGAAAUAUCCCUGUAAAAAGAAACUUCCAAUCUCUUGUGCUAACAAUGUGUAGGCUGACUGACUUUCUAAUUGUAUGGAUGGAUAACUGAUGUCUACAAGCUUAGAGUGGGAUUCAUAUAGUUUG